GGCUAUUCUGUCUCAUCUGCUUGGGUUACUCCAGCACAGCAGCUACGCUUACCUCUUGCCGUGCUCUCUAUCUUACUCUCACUCUCUUAUUUUCCGCCACUUCGGGGCAGAAGAACUUCAGGCACAAUGUCAUUCAAGAAAACAAGCUACACUGUGAAGUCCUCCUCCUCCGUGGCUGCACCUCGUAGCUUCAGCAGUCUCUCCUAUUCAGGCCCCAGCCUUGGCAGACAGAGUUACACAGCUCGCAGCUCCUAUGGAGGAGUCAAGAGUGGUUAUGGAGGUGGGAGCUACAUCAGUAGCUCUUCAGCCUAUGGAGGUGGCAUGGGUCUGGGUAUGGGCUUCGGCGGUGGUGCUGUGGCCCCCAUCACAGCAGUGACUGUCAACAAGAGCCUCCUGGCCCCUCUGAACCUGGAGAUUGACCCUAACAUCCAGUCCAUCCGCACACACGAGAAAGAUCAGAUCAAGACUCUGAACAACCGCUUUGCUUCCUUCAUAGAUAAGGUACGCUUCUUGGAGCAGCAGAACAAGAUGCUGGAGACCAAAUGGAGCCUCCUCCAGGAGCAGACCACCACCCGUUCCAACAUUGAUGCCAUGUUCGAGGCCUACAUUUCCAACCUCCGCAGACAGCUUGACGGUCUGGGCAACGACAAGAUGAAGCUGGAGGCUGACCUGCACAACAUGCAAGGCCUAGUUGAGGACUUCAAAAAUAAGUAUGAAGAUGAGAUUAACAAGCGCACAGAGGCUGAGAACGACUUUGUCCUCAUCAAAAAGGAUGUAGACGAGGCUUAUAUGAAUAAAGUCGAGCUGGAAUCCAAGCUGGAGGGCCUUACAGAUGAGAUCAACUUCCUCAGGCAGAUCUUUGAAGAGGAGCUCCGUGAGCUGCAGUCCCAGAUCAAGGACACCUCAGUGGUGGUGGAAAUGGACAACAGCAGGAAGCUGGACAUGGAUGCCAUUGUGGGUGAGGUUCGUGCUCAGUAUGAAGACAUUGCCAACCGCAGCCGUGCUGAAGCUGAAUCAUGGUACAAGUCUAAGUACGAGGAAAUGCAGACAUCCGCCAGCAGGUAUGGAGAAGACCUCCGAUCAACCAAGACAGAGAUUGCUGACCUGAACCGCAUGAUCCAGAGACUGCAGGCUGAGAUUGAUGCUGUAAAGGGCCAGCGUGGUAACCUGGAGAAUCAGAUAGCUGAGGCUGAGGAACGUGGAGAGAUGGCAGUGAGGGAAGCAAAGGGUCGUAUCAAGGAUCUGGAAGAUGCUCUGCAGAGAGCCAAGCAGGACAUGGCACGCCAGAUCAGAGAGUAUCAGGACCUGAUGAACGUCAAACUGGCCCUGGACAUUGAGAUUGCCACCUACAGGAAACUCCUGGAAGGAGAGGAGGACAGACUUGCCAGUGGAAUCAGGACCAUCAACAUCUCAAAACAAAGCACAGGCUACAGCCCCUUCCCAAUGGAGUCGGCUGGCAGUGCCUACAGCAACUACUCCAGUGGUUACUCUAGCGGUUACUCCUCUGGUUACGGUGGUGGCUUCGGUGACACCAGCUUGACCCAGAGCAAGAAGAACAUUGUCAUCAAGAUGAUUGAAACCAAGGAUGGCAGAGUCGUGUCUGAGUCUUCUGAAAUCGUCCAGGAUUGAGUGAAAAGUGUACUUUCCACUUCUGCUGUUUAACCUUGUCUCCUACCCAUUCCUUAUCCUUCCUCUAAACCCGUAACAUAGCUGUCUGAAGUAACUUGCUGCAAAAGGAUACAGUCAAUCCUUAACUCUGACCAAAGGGUUGCAAGGGACCAAGCAAUAUCAUUUCACAUUGUGCCUUAGCAUUAGGAUUCUGCGUAAUGCACUAAAAGAAAUACUCUGCUUACACCAACUGUGCUGUCCUGCAUCCAUCAAAUGGAGAAAGCCAGAUCUGCCACCAACAUGAGCCACUCCUGUUACUGUACUCAUUGCCCUGUAACAGUAUUCAGGUUUGAUAAUGAAGGGUUCCUUAUUUGUGUUAAAGGAAAUCAUGUUUGUGGCAGAUCCAUUGCCUGCUCUUUAGAAAAUGUCUUCCCCAAUGUAUCCUGUCUGAUGCAAAAGGAAAGUCCACAGAGUACCUAAUGGUGCUGUUUUUGCUACCAACAAUAAAGUGUUUACUUAAAAAUUUUA